CUUUGCCCUCUUCUAAAUCCUUCUCGCCACGUCGCGCUGUCUGCGCAGAUGCAGCGCCUCUGGCGGUGGACUCUAGGAUCUAACGUCAGCUUCUUGAGCCCUGCUUCGCGUUAUUGGUGGCAUCCUCGACGAGAUGUUCCACUCAUGGCGUCAGCAUCUAGCAUCCCAGAUCAGCUUCUACUUCUUUCACGAUCGGCAUUUUAUGGAGAUUGGAGCACUAGAGUAAAAACUGAAAAAAAGGUUGGUAAGGGCUUUCUGUUGAGAAGAGGCAAUAAAGGAACUACUGACAUCAAUCCAGUUAGAGAAACCACUGAGGAAGAUACCCAGGACAUUGCAGAAGAUAGUGUAUGGUCUCCAAGGAUCCUUGGAUAUAGUAGCCACCGUGAUGGUAUUAUAUACAAGAACAGCCAUUUUUGGAAAGAAUAUUAUUGUGUCGAUGUCAAUGAUCGUAAUGAGACUAUGCUGUGUCCUAUGAGGAGAACUGCGGUGACUGAAAAUUGCUAUCCGGAUCCGGAGGAUUGUAGAUACCAUUUUCCAUGUACAAUGAUGCAGAUUUUCUCAUUGAAGUUGGCUAAAUCUCCUAUAAUGAGUGGUUCAAUGCAAUUUUAUGGAUACAUAGCAGCAAGAGAUGAUUUGGAUUUAAUGCUUAAUUAUGUUUUCAAUCGUAGUAGGGAUGACCCCAUCAUUGUGCAGCAGGUAAAUAUCUAUACAUUUAUAAUAACUCAUUACAUGCACAGAACAAAUGACUUUUUAAUCUACUACUUAUGUUGGCAUACUACUAAUAGUGUCUUUUAAACAAUAUAAAAGCUUGGACAGAGGGCAGUGUUACUUAUUGCACAAGUAUAGGCUCAUGCUUGGUUUACUGCUUUUUGUGCUGUAAGCAUAAACGAAGAUAAACUAUGCAGAGUAAUAAGUGAUUCUUAUCACAGAACUAUAGGCUCAUACUCGGUGUACUACUGUUUGUGUUGUACAUACUUUGUCAUGUGAAUAUCUCCCCUUUUUUGUUACACAAAAUCAUGAAGAAACUUGAAGCCAUUUCAAGUCUCAGUCCCUUUUCGGGUUUCAAAAAGGUCUCGUAUUUAUUGCAUAGCUUGCACAUGCAUUACACGAACUCACGUGUCCACAUUUUUUUUUCCCACAUCGACACAUGGACAUAGUGAGGUGCACUGGAACUAGUGAGGGGAGUUUGACCAGAGAGCCUAGCAAGGUGGUCAACAUCAAAUGUCAUUGAAGAGAUAAGGCAUGGGCUACCAAUUUUGCUAGUCCGAAGCGGUAGCAGGCCAGCAAUCAGAAAGUUAUCCUGCCUUUUCUCUAUUAUCUUUCCUUGUCGCUACCCCCCUUCACAAUAGCCAAAAACUAAUGUAAUGAAACAGUCAGGUACAUCUUUCUACAUCAGAGAAGGCCAUAACAAAUAUAGCAAUAAUUAUGGGAUA